AUGUUCGAUGAUGGGAAUCCAGAGCAAGCAAUUGAGUUUUGGAAGGAUCAACUGCGGAAUGGUUGCCCUCCGUAUAGGAUUACCUACACAGUUUUGGUCGAACUCGUGUGCAGAUACUGUGGAAGCACUCAAGCGAUGGAAGUUUUAGAAGACAUGGCGGUGGAAGGUUGUCAUCCUGAUAUUGUUACAUAUAAUUCUCUUGUAAACUACAACUGCAGGCGAGGGAAUUUAGAAGAGGUGGCUUUGGUCAUUCCCUUACAACACUCUUCUACAUUCCCUUUGUUCCCACGGCCAUUAAUUUAUGGCUUCUGCCGGGCAAACCUGGUUGAAGAAGCGAGUCAAGUUUUAAAGGAGACGAGCAAUAGAGGGAAUGGGAUCAGAGCUAGCACUUACAGGUUGGUAAUCCAAGGGCUGUGCAAGAACAAAGAGAUGGAAAUGGCGAUACAGGUUGUCGAGAUAGUGCUAACAAGUGGACGUAAGCCAGAUGAGACAAUACUUACCGCAAUAAUUAAAGGCGUUGAAGAGAUGUGA